AUGGUUUUCUUCCCCUACAUCUCACCAUCUCUCUCCGUUUACCUUUUUUUUUUCUUUCUUCCUUUCGUUUCCUUUUUUACGUUUGUUUUGUUUUCCUUUCGCUUAUAUCUUUCUUUUUACCUUCUUUCCAUUUCACUAAUAAAACUCCUUUUCUUUUUACUUUUUCUUUUGUUUUCAUUCUUUAUACUUUUGCCAUCUUCCUUUUUUAGUUACAUAACAAUUCCUUUCUCUCUCUCUUACUUCCCUACUUUCAUCCUCCGAUUUUUUUUUCUUUUGUUCUUUUUACUGAUUCAUUCUCUCUCUCUCUCUCCCUCUCUCUCUCUCCCUCUCUCUCUCUCCCUCUCUCUCUCUCUCUCUCUCUCUCUCUCUCGCUCUCUCUCAAUAUUUCUUCCUUUAUUUCUUUUUUUCUUUUAUUUCUUUUACUGGUGUUACUGUCUUUCUUUAUUUUCUUUUAUUUCGUCAUCUUUUAUUAUCAUUUCUUUUUUUUUGACUUCUUCCCUUUUAAUUUAUAAAAGAAUUUUCCUUCUCUUUUACUUUUUUUCUGUUGUCUUACUUUUGUCUUUUUUUGUCUUUUUUUUUGUCUUUUUUUUAUUGAUGUGUCAUUUACUGUUACUCUCCCUUUCUCUUCAUUUCUUCCUCAUUUUAUUCAUUUCCUUUCCUUUUUUUAUGUUUUUUCUUCAAAUAUUUUUCUUUUUUAGUUUCCCUUUCGUUCUACUUAAAACUAUUUUAUAUUCUUUCUUUCAUCUAUGCAGUAAUUCUAUCUUAUUUUAUUUCCUUCUUUCAUUAAUUCAGUUAUUUUUCUUUCAGUCAUUCUUUGUUGCUUUCUUUUUUCUUUCAAUCAUUCAGUCAUCCUUUCUUUCUUUCAUUCAUUCAGUUAUUUUUCUUUCAUUCUUUCAGUCACUCUUUCUUUCGUGUUUUUUUCCUUUAUUUCUUUCAACUUCUUUCCUUUUAAAUCAUAUAGCACAAUUUCUUUCUCUUUUAUAA